AUGCAAUAUGAUGAUUACGAGGAAUUUGUGCCAAUAGUGGAUGGUAUCGGUGGUGUGCUUCCGGAAUCACCGGAAAUGCUUGCAACCUAUAGGCGAAAAAUGCCGAUGAUGAUUGGUACUACUAGAGAUGAAAGUUCAUUAAAAAUCUUGAUUUUGAAUGAAAAAAAUGUAAAUAUGAGUGCACUAACACGAACUGCAGCAGAAGAAAUGGUUGAAAAUUUAACGCUUGCAUAUUCCGGUUUUGUAAAUCAUCGUUUGAUUAUGGAAGGUUGUAAGUACGAAUACAUUUGGUCGAAAAUCAAUCCAGCUAUGGAUCCAUCAGUAUUGAACGAUGCUGUGCUGAAUAUGUACUCGCAUUUUUGGUAUGAUGCGCCAGCGUCUCGACUUGCUACACAUUAUGCAAAAGGCGGUGCACCCGUUUAUUUGUAUUCUUUCGAUCAUAUCAGUGAAAUUUUUGAUUACGACAGAGCAUUUCAUGGCUGUGACGAAAUAUUCCUGUUUGAUGUUGAACCGAGAUUUCUUGUCAAAAGACGCGAUCGAAAUUGGCAGUUGGAUCGGAGGCUAACAGAAAUUUUUGCCGAACUUAUCAUCAAUUUCGCUAGGACCGGAAUUCCCACACCAGAAUCUUCCGGAUUCUCUUUUAAUUGGACUGCAAUGAAAGUGGACAAAUUAAAUUAUCUAUCGAUAACGGACAGUCCCGAAAUGAGUGUUGGCUUCCGAUGGCAAGGUCAUGUUUUUUGGAACUGGUAUGCUCGUCAUUUAGACGCUGUCGAUGUUGGAAAUUUACAUCGUAUCGCUCAACUGGACAAACAGCUUGGCGAUUAUCAAUUAGCAACUUGGAUGCUUCUAUUUUGCGCCCUCUUUUUCUUUGCAAUAUUGGUUGGCUUGGCAUGUUAUUGCACUCGGAAGGAAGCUGACGAUGAAGAUUUGUAGUUUUUCC